AUGAUUCAAACAAUUAAUCAUGGAAAUGCUUUUAUGUCAACAUAUGAAACAAAUUAUCAAUAUAUUUCUUUAUUACCUAAAGAUGUAACUUAUGCAUAUACAGAAUCAAUGAUUUAUGAUGAUAAUUGUUCAUGCGGUUUAUAUUCAAAUUGUACAACACAAGCAAGUUUUAUUGAACACAAUUCAUCAAAAACGAUGCCAAUUCAAGGUUUAAAAAUGGGUUGUUUGCCAAGUGAAUCAUUUCAUUUUUCAACUCUUGAAUGUUUUUAUAAUCAAUCAUGUCUUAAUCUUCUUUAUCAAUAUACAAAUUAUGAAAAUUCUUCAAAUCCUAUUUUAAUCAUAUCGGAUGAUUUUCCAUUAAAUAUGACAAUUAAUCAAUUAAUCAAUUAUUCAUUUACUGGUAAAUGGUUAAUACAACCAAAUUACUUAUCGUAUUAUUAUCAAUGUUUACCUUCAAUAUGUUCAUAUACUUACAUCGAAAAAUUUAAUUUAUUGUAUAUCAUUACUCUUUUUCUUAGUCUUCAAGGUGGUUUAACAUUAGUUCUUACAUGGAUUUCUCCAAAAUUAAUUCGAAUUCUAGCAAAAACAUAUAAUUAUUAUCGAAAAAAACAAAGAAUACUAGUUCAUCCUGACACUUCUCUUGCAAUUCAAUCAAAUAAUAUGAAUGUUCAAACAUCAGAAUCUAUUAUUAUUUCAUCAAUUCGACGUUCUUCGAAGAAAAUUUGCGUAACUAUCUCAUUAGUAUUGUUACUCAUAGGUAUUAUUAUCUUUUCAAUUUAUUAUGCUCGAAAUGUUUCCGUAUUGAAUAAAACAACAGAUACGAAUUUGAAUAUAACAACAACACCAAUAUCAAUAGUUUCAACUACAUCAGAAUUGUUUUAUCAACAUAAGUUUCAAUAUAUAUCCACCAAUCUUUCUUGCUUUGAACUUCAUUAUAUUCCUUUCCAUCCGGUCACUGGUGACUUCAACAAUGAUAAUCUAGUGGAUCUUGUAUAUUCUUGUAGACAUAGUCCAAAUGAGAAAAUAUUUAUAUUAUUGAAUGAUGGAAAUGGAAGAUUUCAAAAUUCAUUUAUAGUAUCAUUACCAAAAUUUCACUCAAUUAAAUUUAUUGGUAUAGCUAAUUUUAAUAAUGAUAAUCGAUCUGACAUACUUGUCACAUACAAUGAUGAAUCGCAAAGUGAAUUCACAAUUUUAUUGGGAAAUGGGAAUGGUACAUUCUAUGAAAAUUCACAAGUAUUGCCGUUGAAAAAUUUUCCUAUAAACGAAAUUUAUCUUGCUGAUUUUAAUAAUGAUAAUCAAGUUGAUGUACUUUUAACACCAAAUAUUCUAACAACAAAAAAUCUGCUUGUUUUAUUAGGAAAUGGAAAUGGAACAUUUCAAUUAGAAAUGAUGUUAUCAUCUAUAAUAUUUAGUGAUCGAAUACAAAAUGUGUAUAUAAAAGAUCUGAAUAAUGAUAACAUAUUGGAUAUUAUUGUUAAUUUUGGAUGGGAUAAAAAUAUUGGUGUUAUGUUCGGCCAAGGAAACGGAUUAUUUUCAUUAGAACAUUUAUUAUUUACAGAAAAGAUGAUUUACUCAUGGAAAAUGGCUGCUGAUAAUAUAAAUAAUGAUCAUUAUCUUGAUAUUGUUUUAUUUGAUGAAGAUUCUAAACAUAUUUAUGUUUUAUUUGGAAGUGAAAAUGGAACGUUUCAAGCGCAAAAACCAUUUUUUACUACUAUAAUCAAUUUCUAUUAUUUUCUGGUGAUUGAUGAUUUUAAUAAUGAUAAUCAAUCUGAUAUUGCUUUUUUUUAUCAAUUAAUCGAAUUUGAAUGUAUGAUUUAUCAUUAUUAUAAUAAUACUUUUAAAAGAAAUGAAAAAAUCAAUUUGAAAUUAAGUGGAGAAUUGGAUACAGUUCUUGUAAAUGAUAUAAAUAAUGAUAAUUAUUUAGAUAUUGUACUUGGUACUACAAGCCCUUAUAGUAUUUAUGUUUUAUUUCGAUAUGAAAAUCAUCGUUUUUAUCUACAGAUGAUUUAUUCAAGUGACUAUGAAGCUACUCCAUAUUGGUUUUCUCUUCUUGAUUUUAAUAACGAUAAUCAUACAGAUAUAAUCAGUUUUAAUGAUGAAUCUAUGACUAUUGAUGUGUUUUUAAAUGAACAUUAA